AUGAGCAGCAAAAAAUUAGGAAAUUCUACAGAUGACGAUGUCAUUAAGAAGAGCAAGAGAUUUUCAUUGAACCCAUCUGACAAAGAAGACUCUUUGAGCACUACAAAUAUAAGCUCUAAAUCAUCACAAAAAGACAGAAAGGAUUUGAAGAGAUCUCAUCCAAAGUCAAUUGGUACUGAUUCAAGCGAAAGCAGUAGUAGCAGCAGUGACAGUUCAAGUGAGGAUGAAAGAAGUAGCUCCAAAAAAUCAGCCAAUCAUCAUCAUGUUCCCCUCGAGCCUGAACAAAAGAGAGCAAAAAAUGAAAAAUCAAAUGACUUUGAUCAUAAUCCUCACCUCAAUCCCUUUACUAAUAGACCUUUCUCACCAGCUUAUUAUAAAAUCUUAGAGAAAAGAAAGGUACUACCAGCAUGGGAAGCUCGAUAAAAAGUUGUAGAACUUGUGAAGUAAUAUUAAGUUCUUGUACUUUAAGGGGAAACUGGUAGUGGAAAAACUACAUAGGUACCAUAAUUCUUAUUAUUAGCAGGAAUAGCUAAAGGAAAAGCUAUUGCUUGCACUUAACCAAGAAGAGUAGCAGCUAUGAGUGUAGCAAAGCGUGUUAGUGAAGAAAUGGAUGUUGCAUUAGGAUAAGAAGUAGGUUAUACAAUUAGAUUUGAAGAUAGAUCAGGACCUAAAACUGUUUUAAAGUAUUUGACAGAUGGUAUGCUUUUAAGAGAGGCAAUGAAUGAUCCAAUGCUUUCAAGGUAUGGAGUUAUUAUACUUGAUGAAGCUCAUGAAAGAACUCUAUCAACUGAUAUUCUAUUUGGUCUUAUAAAAGAGGUCUUGCCUAAGAGAAAAGACCUUAAAAUUGUAGUUAUGAGUGCUACUCUAAAUGCGGAAAAGUUCUAAGAGUAUUUCGAAGGAGCCCCUAUGAUUGAUGUACCAGGUAGAAUGUAUCCAGUAGAAAUUUUUUAUACUCCUGAGCCUGAGAAAGAUUACUUGAUCGCAGCAAUUAGAACUGUUAUUUAGAUUCAUAUUGUUGAGGAUGAAGGUGAUAUUCUUUUAUUCUUAACAGGAGAAGAAGAGAUUGAAUAAGCUUGUAGAGAAAUCAGAGAUGAAGUUAAAAAACUUGGCAAUGAGGUUGGAGAUAUGUUAGUAGUUCCUCUAUAUUCUUCUUUACCACCGGCUUAAUAAUAGAGAAUUUUCGAUUAAGCACCACCUAAAAAUAAAAGAGGUGUUCCAGGGCGUAAAGUUGUUGUAUCAACAAAUAUUGCAGAGACCUCUUUAACCAUUGAUGGAAUAGUCUAUGUGAUUGAUCCAGGUUUUGCAAAAAAUAAGAUCUAUAAUCCAAGAUUAAGAGUUGAGUCUCUUCUUGUUUCCCCCAUCAGUAAGGCUAGUGCUAAGUAAAGAGCUGGUAGAGCUGGAAGAACUAGACCUGGCAAAUGCUUUAGACUUUAUCCAGAAAGAGCAUUUGAAAAAGAACUUAAAGAAAAUACAUAUGCUGAAAUCUUGAGAUCAAAUUUAAACUCAGUUGUCUUAACUUUAUUGAAACUAGGAAUUUAAGACAUAGUUCAUUUUGAUUAUAUGGACCCUCCUGCUCCUGAGACCUUGAUGAGAGCUCUCGAAGAACUUAAUUAUCUUGGAGCACUUACUGAUGAUGGUAAAUUAACUCAAAUUGGAAUGAGAAUGAGUGAAUUCCCAUUAGAUCCUCAAAUGUCUAAGGUCCUACUUUCAGCUGAGAAGCUAUAAUGUGUGAAUGAGGCUGUAUCAAUUAUUGCAACUCUUAAUGUUCCUAUGAUAUUCCUUAGACCUAAAGAUCAAUAAAGUGAAGCAGAUGCAGCAAAGAGUAGGUUUGCUCAUGAAGAUGGUGACCAUCUUACCUAUUUGAAUGCUUUCAAUGCCUACAAGUUAAAGAAAGAAAGCCCUGACUGGUGUUAUGAUCAUUACCUUAAUUCCAGAGCUCUUAAACAAGCUAAUGAUGUCAGAGAAUAACUAUUAUAAAUCAUGGUUAAGAUUGGAAUGAAAAUACAAAGCAAGCCAAUGAAUGAUCCAGAUUACUAUCAGAACAUAAAGAAAGCAAUUUUAUCUGGAUACUUCAUGCAGGUCGCUCAUUUACAAAGGGCCGGACAUUAUCUAACUUUUAGAGAUGACUAAGUAGUGGCAAUACAUCCAAGUUCUACUCUUGAUCACAAACCAGAAUGGUGUAUGUACAACGAAUUCGUUUUAACAUCUAAAAACUAUAUAAGGACAGUGACUGAGAUCAGACCAGAUUGGCUCUUCGAAAUCGCCCCUGAGUACUUUGACUUAGAUGAAAUAAAGAAUAGUGAAGCUAAGAGGAAGCUUGAAAGAGUCUACAAAAGAAUGAAGGAGAGUGAUGAGUGA